AUGAACGACGCCGACUCGCCGAGGAUGAACGACGCCGACUCGCCGAGGAUGAACGACGCCGACUCGCCGAGGAUGAACGACGCCGACUCGCCGAGGAUGAACGACGCCGACUCGCCGAGGAUGAACGACGCCGACUCGCCGAGGAUGAACGACGCCGACUCGCCGAGGAUGAACGACGCCGACUCGCCGAGGAUGAACGACGCCGACUCGCCGAGGAUGAACGACGCCGACUCGCCGAGGAUGAACGACGCCGACUCGCCGAGGAUGAACGACGCCGACUCGCCGAGGAUGAACGACGCCGACUCGCCGAGGAUGAACGACGCCGACUCGCCGAGGAUGAACGACGCCGACUCGCCGAGGAUGAACGACGCCGACUCGCCGAGGAUGAACGACGCCGACUCGCCGAGGAUGAACGACGCCGACUCGCCGAGGAUGAACGACGCCGACUCGCCGAGGAUGAACGACGCCGACUCGCCGAGGAUGAACGACGCCGACUCGCCGAGGAUGAACGACGCCGACUCGCCGAGGAUGAACGACGCCGACUCGCCGAGGAUGAACGACGCCGACUCGCCGAGGAUGAACGACGCCGACUCGCCGAGGAUGAACGACGCCGACUCGCCGAGGAUGAACGACGCCGACUCGCCGAGGAUGAACGACGCCGACGCUGGAGAAGUGGAGAUGAUGACGGAAGAGAUGAUCGGCUCCGAUCCGAGAAGCCGUCGCCGCUUGAGAGAGAUGAAGAUCUCCGAGAUUUCAGGAAAAAAAAAUGUAAUUAGAAAAUAA